CCGCUCACAAAUACAAUGCCAUUCAUACAAGAGAAUGACUACCCUGUCGAAUCAAGUAAACUUGACAGUGCAGAAGGCGAGAAAAACAUGUCACCGCCGGCACCACCAACGCCAGAAACAGUGGUCAAGAAGGACGAGCCGUUCCCAUUCUUUGGCCUGUUUUGCUACGCUGAUGCACUAGAUUGGCUGUUCAUGAUGUUGGGGACCAUGGGAUCCUUUGUGCAUGGCAUGUCGCCUUCAAUGUCAUAUUACAUACUUGGGAAAUGUGUCGACGCAUUCGGCAACAACAUAGGAGAUCAGGAUGCCAUAGUCCACGGACUUUCAAAGUUGAUUCCAUAUAUGUGGUUCUUGGCACUUAUUACACUCCCCGCUGGAAUGAUUGAAAUUUCAUGUUGGAUGUAUACAAGUCAGAGACAAAUGACACGCAUGCAGAUGGCAUAUCUGAGAUCAGUGCUCAGUCAAAAUGUCGGGGCUUUUGACACUGACUUAACAACCGCGAACAUCAUGGCUGGAGCAACCAACCACAUGAGUGUCAUAAAAGAUGCAAUUGGCGAGAAGAUGGGUCACUUCAUCUCCAAUUUCUCCACAUUCUUAGUCGCUAUAAUUGUUGCUUUCGUGUGCUCCUGGGAGGUGGGUAUGAUGUCAUUCUUAGUUGUUCCGAUGCUCCUCGUGAUUGGAGCAACAUAUGCCAAAAUGAUGAAUGGCAUGUCAAUGAGAAGGAUAGCUUUGGUCUCUGAAGCAACCUCAGUUGUAGAACAGAAUCUUUCACAUAUCAAGACUGUCUUCUCAUUUGUUGGAGAAAACUCGGCAAUGAGAUCAUUCACCAAAUGCAUGGACAAGCAAUACAAGCUAAGCAAGAAAGAGGCAAUCACAAAAGGACUAGGUUUGGGCAUGUUACAGAUUGCAACUUUCUGUUCGUACUCGUUGACAAUCUAUAUUGGAGCAGUGGCAGUAACUGGAAGAAGACCUAAAAAAGCGGGUGAAACAAUUGCCGCCGUCAUUAAUAUCCUCUCCGCUGCGAUAUAUAUCUCGAACGCAGCGCCAGAUCUUCAGGCCUUCAGCCAAGCAAAAGCUGCUGGUAAAGAAGUAUUUAAGGUUAUCAAAAGAAAACCGGUGAUAAGUUAUGAAUCAGGUGGAAUAAUCUCAGAGCAAGUCAUUGGAGAGAUUGAAAUAAGAGAGGUGGAUUUCACAUAUCCAUCGCGUGAAGACAAGCCAAUUCUUCAAGGUUUCUCUUUAGCUAUACAGGCAGGAGAAAUCGUGGCUCUUGUGGGGAGCAGUGGAUGCGGGAAGAGCACUGUGAUCUCUCUUGUUCAAAGGUUCUACGAUCCUACAUCAGGUGACAUCAUUAUUGACGGCCAAAACAUUAAGGAGCUUGAUCUGAAGUUCCUGAGGAGGAAUAUAGGUUCAGUCUCCCAAGAACCGGCACUAUUUUCUGGUACUAUCAUGGAUAACUUGAGAAUUGGCAAAAUGGAUGCAACUGAUGAAGAGAUAAUUGAAGCAGCAAAAACAGCUAAUGUUCACUCUUUCAUAUCCAAACUUCCAAAUCAAUACUCAACUGAGGUAGGAGAAAGAGGACUGCAGCUAUCAGGAGGUCAGAAACAGAGGAUAGCGAUUGCAAGGGCUAUACUAAAAGAUCCUCCUAUUCUUCUUCUUGAUGAAGCCACAAGUGCACUUGAUUCAGAAUCUGAGAAGUUAGUUCAGGAUGCUCUUGACAGAGCUAUGCGAGGAAGGACUGUUAUCUUGAUUGCCCACAGAAUGUCAACAAUCAUAAAUGCAGACAAGAUUGUAGUUGUGGAGAAUGGAGGAGUAGCUCAAUCUGGGACGCAUGAAGAAUUGCUCAAGAAAAGUACAUUCUACUCGAGUGUAUGCAAUAUGCAAAAUCUAGAAAAGAAAUCUGGCAAGAGUGAAGAAAGAUUUACUGAUCAUGGCGAAGCAGAUCAAGAAACUGGAACAUACAAAGAACAAUCUUUUGCUGCACAUGAACAAGAGAAGAAACCAAAACCGACCUCAGAGCAACCAAAGCAAGGGACCAGAAAGAGAAUGUCUGCUUUCAACAGGAUAUUUCUUGGAACUUUGAAACUGGCGCCAGCAAAGGUUCUGCUGGGCUCCACAGCAGCAGCAGUCUCUGGGAUCUCGAGGCCUUUAUUUGCUUUCUACAUCAUAACAGUUGGCAUGACAUACCUCGAUCCAGAUGCAAAGAGAAAAGUCACGAAGUACUCGAUAACAUUGUUCCUGGUCGGGAUAUCAACAUUUUUCAGUAACAUCUUCCAGCACUAUAUAUAUGGCCUGGUCGGAGAAAGGGCAAUGAAUAACCUACGGGAGGCCCUCUUUACAGCUGUACUUCGAAAUGAAAUGGGUUGGUUCGAAAAACCCAAGAACAGUGUCGGCUUCCUGACCUCACGUGUUGUUAGCGACACCUCCAUGAUUAAAACAAUUAUAUCUGAACGAAUGGCUAUCAUUGUUCAAUGCAUCUCCUCAAUUCUGAUAGCAACAGGGUUAAGCACAGGAGUGAACUGGAGGAUGGGUCUAGUUUCAUGGGCUAUGAUGCCUUGUCACUUCAUUGCUGGCCUGGUACAGGUCAGGUCAGCUAAAGGUUUUGCCACUGACACCUCUAAGUCUCACCGGAAGCUCAUCUCACUAACUUCUGAGGCUGUUAGCAACAUUCGCACGGUGGCUUCUUUUGUUCAGGAAGAGGAAAUACUCAGGAAAGCAGAUUUGGCACUGCAAGAACCAAUGCGGAUAAGCAGGAUCGAGAGUGUCAAGUAUGGCGUGGUACAGGGGAUUUCCCUCUGUUUGUGGCAUAUGACACAUGCUAUUGCAUUGAGUUUUACCAUUGUGCUACUUGACAAGAGACUAGCAUCAUUUGAAGACAGUGUACGAUCAUACCAAGCAUUUGCAAUGACAAUAUCUUCCAUCACAGAGCUAUGGUCCUUGAUCCCUAUGGUCAUGUCAGCCAUUACAAUAUUGGAUCCUGCACUCGACAUUCUUGAUAGAGAAACGCAGAUUGUGCCAGAUGAACCAAAAGUGACUUGUGAAGACAGAAUUGUAGGUAACGUUGAGUUCAAAGAUGUCAUUUUCAGCUAUCCCUCAAGACCAGAAGUGAUCAUACUAGAUGGCUUCAGUCUAGCUAUUGAGUCAGGUCAAAGGGUUGCAUUGGUCGGGCCAAGUGGUUCAGGAAAAUCCACAGUGUUGGCUCUUCUGCUAAGAUUCUACGAUCCUUGCAACGGACAAGUGCUUGUGGACGGUAAGGACAUCAGAACCUACAAUCUGAAGUGCCUGAGGAAGCAGAUAGGACUAGUUCAGCAAGAGCCAAUCUUGUUCAACAUGUCUAUAAGAGAAAACAUCAGCUACGGAAAUGAAGGUGCAUCCGAAACAGAAAUAGUGGAGGCUGCAAUGGAGGCAAACAUCCAUGAGUUCAUCAGCAGCCUAUCAAAAGGGUAUGACACCAUAGUAGGGGACAAAGGAAGCCAACUUUCCGGAGGCCAAAAGCAGAGGAUAGCUGUGGCAAGAACCAUACUGAAGAAGCCUGUCAUACUGUUGCUAGAUGAGGCGACAAGCGCUCUGGAUGGUGAAUCCGAGAGGGUGGUGAUGAACACCCUGGGUGCCAAGGGGUGGAAAAACAAAGGUGAGCUCUCAAGCAAGAUCACAAGCAUCACUAUUGCCCACAGGCUAUCCACAGUCACAAACACAGAUGUGAUCGUCGUGAUGGACAAAGGUGAGGUGGUAGAGACGGGCAGCCACGCAACAUUGGUCUCAGAAAGCAAUGGCAUUUACUCAAGAAUGUAUCAUAUGCAAAUCAAAGGGGCGAAAGACUGAUUUCAUGGUCGCUCUUUUUCUAAGGUGGCAUCAUGUUCAAGCAUUUGAUGUCACUUGAAAACAAAUGUAACGACAAAGUUUGACAGUCUUAGCUUGUGCUGAAUAAGUUGUCUGUUACCUUACAAA